AUGCCUGAGGUAUUUUAUCGCGAGAAGGGAAUUGUCCCGGAUGCAAGCCCAGGGGAAUUCGCCCACCAGCAAAACAAGUCCAGCAACAAGUCCGACUGUGGACGGAACCCACCCAAGCACUACGCCAAGCGCGCCAACGUCAACGCCGCAAUGCUUGCGCUCGCGAACGGCCUCGAGUACCGGGUACGGAAGUACUUCAGCGAACAGAAGCAUGAGAUUGUUUCGGUGUCGCCCGAGGCUGGGUGCGUCCGCCUGAUGUUCAUGCUUGCCCGGACACUCGUUCACGACCGCGUACCCACGGACGUUCAUGCCACAGAGACCCAAACAACGACGCAGCUGAAAGGCCGAUUUCCGGGAUCAGCAAUCUGGUCGGCACACCUGUACAAGGACAACGAUGUGCAGGUCGACCAUGGGUCAUGGGGUGCUCGCGUUUCUGGGGGCAACUUUCGCCCCGACGAGGCGGCAUUGAUCGCGCAGUACAAGGUGUAUUUUAGGUGCGGACGGGAUGAGCAAUGCAGCGACAUUCGGUGCCCCUUCUGCUGGGAUGAGGAGGACACCUUGGACAGUAGCCUGCUAGAAUCGAGGCACAUGCGCGUUGCGCAGGUAGUGAGCUGUGGCCAGGGGCGGCUGAAGGGUGGCGACGUCAAGGCAGCCGCACGGCCUGGGCCGUCUGACGACUGGGCGUUGGGGCAGGGACAGGGAGACGAUGUCGAGAUAUUCAACAAACCACCGCCGACGGGCGACCAUGGACCGCCACCAGCAGACCAACUCACCCUCAGCAAGAUAAUCCACUAUUCCGUCAAAGAGGAAACAAGAACUCCUUGAGCGGUGAGCCACCAUCAUUUACGUGGUGGGUACUCGCUUACGACUACGUCGGGGUCGGCCAUGGUAACGAGCGGGUGCACGAUUCUAUCACCGGGCAUCCGACGUUGUCACUGCGGGGACGGGGCCGUCCUAAGGUUUACCCUGUACACGCCAUUAGACGCCAGGUACAUACGUAAUUUACCACCAAUGCCCGCAAGGCCAAGAUAGAGCAGAGGGGUCGCGGCUUUGCGGGGAAACGCAGGGGGCGGGCAGAGAUCGUGUCUGGCGGCACAAGUUCCGGCUCGCAUUACCGGGGUCCAGCAACGGCUACGACAAGUACCUCUUGAACGAGGCACACCACAGCAUCAACCAAGACACAUUUGUCUGAACGAUCGUGGAGUUCUUCGAGGAAUACCAGCGAAGCUUUUCGAGGGCAAGCAAUUCGGCACGGUCAACAACAAAUGCUGGUGUGGAGGCCUAACGAUGGCCGGCCUUCGGAUGAUAGGUGUAUAGGUGUGCGUCUGGAUGUGGUGUUCACAAAAUGCUGCAAUGCCGGAGAUAAUGGGGUGGGGAGGCAGGGCGAAACACUCACGCGUCGAUGCC